UUUGGCUGACGAAGUAAGUUUAGCAGUGUUUGGUUUAGAGAAUGUUUACUUUGGGAGGUAGACAAAAAAACUAGCGUCAAAGUUCAGACUUAAACCCUGCUAUUCCCCUCACUUGAGCUAUUCAACACAUCCUUUCCGUACAGUGGCUUAAAGCUCUGUUGUCUUUCAGGUUGUGACCUGCCAGAAUGAAGUUCCUGUUUCACUUGCUUGCUUUUGUUGCCAUCAUAACCUCCACGUUUUGUGGAAUCAAGGACUUCAGUGAGCAUUUUGAAAGCCUCAAAGAUGCACAUCCAAAUGAAAACGUGAGCUAUGAUAUGCCAAACUUACCACUGGAGUUCCACAGAGAAAACACCAUCACUAAUGACUUGAUUCCUGAAGAGGAGGAGGAAGAGGACUAUCUAGAUCUUGACAAGAUACUGGGUGAAGAUGACUACAGUGACAUUAUUGAUGCUGCUCCGUACAUUGUUUCUGAAAUUCAGCAAGGAAAUAUUCUUGAACUUUUCCAAGGCAAAACCAGAAUCCAGCGCCUUAAUAUCCUUAAUGCAAACUUUGGCUUCAACCUUUAUCGGAGUAUGGCAGACAAAGCCAACUCUUCAGAUAAUAUUCUCAUGGCCCCUGUUGGUAUUUCCACUGCAAUGGCUAUGAUUUCCCUGGGUCUGAAGGGUCAAACUCAGCAGGAAGUAUUAUCGGUUCUUGGCUUUGAAGACUUCAUUAAUGCAAGCACCAAAUACGAGCUCAUGACUGUUCAUAAUCUCUUCCGCAAACUCACUCAUCGGCUCUUCAGGCGCAAUUUUGGUUAUACUCUGAGGUCUGUCAAUGAUCUUUAUAUUCAGAAGGACUUUUCUAUUCUGAAUGAUUUCAGAAACAAUAUGAAAACAUACUACUUUGCUGAUGCCCAACCAGCUGAUUUUUCAGAUCCUAACUUCAUAACUAAAACCAACGAACGCAUCCUGAAGCUGACCAAAGGAUUAAUAAAGGAAGCUCUUGUGAACGUAAACCCUACAACACUGAUGAUGAUUCUUAACUGUCUUUACUUUAAAGGAACAUGGGAGAAUAAGUUUCCAGUGGAAAUGACAACCAAAAGAAGUUUCCGACUGAAUGAUAAGCAAACAAUAAAGGUUCCUAUGAUGCAGACUAAAGGGAACUUCCUGGCUGCUGCAGACCCUGACCUAGAUUGCGGUGUGAUCCAGCUCCCGUUUGUGGGUAACAUCAGUAUGCUGAUUGUACUGCCUCACAAGCUCUCUGGCAUGAAAGCCCUAGAAAAGCAGAUAACCCCUCAAGUGGUGGAAAAAUGGCAGAAAAGCAUGACAAACAGAACAAGAGAAGUGGUUCUGCCUAAAUUUAAGCUGGAGAAGAGCUACAACUUGAUUGGUUUUCUGACAUCCAUGGGAAUAGAAGAACUGUUCAAUGAAAAAGGCGACUACUCUGGUAUAUCAGAUGAGAAAGUCACCAUUGACAGGUUCAAUCACCAAGGCACAAUAACUGUGAACGAGGAAGGCACAGAGGCAGGAGCAAUAACCAACGUCGGUUUCAUGCCUCUUUCUACUCAGAUUCGCUUUAUUGUCGAUCGCCCCUUUUUGUUUCUCAUCUAUGAACAUCGUACCAGUUGUCUCCUGUUCAUGGGUAGAGUUGUCAACCCUGCCAAGUCUUAAAAGCAGAGAAGACCUCCAACAUGCUUUCAUACACAGGCUGUAUAAUUAUGCAUUAAUAUAGCAGUAUCAUAAAAGGCAAUUUUCUUUGUCAUAUUAGUUAAUACAAAAGCCAUUGGUAUACAAAUAUAUAUAUAUAUAAAGUGCCUAGAAAUAGUUUCACAUGAAUGGACUCAUAAUAAGUAGAUGAUUUGUCUGCAGUGGUUAGUGCCAUAUAUAAAUACAAGUGUGUUAAAAAAUUACCACAAAGUAACUUAUACUUUGUGUUCUACUUCACUGUAUAAAAUGUAAUCAAUAAAAUAUUUAGACUAACUGGAUUGAUGAAGUUCAGCUCUAAAUUUGUGCUAGGGCACCUAUUUAUAAUAAAUAGGAAUAGGGAAAUCCUAAAUAACCAGCUGACAUUAGAAACCUGUCUCUCCUGGGUAUUUUAUAUAAUCUAACACUAUUUAGAGUAGGGGCCUGCAUUCUUGCUUUUGCUUGCAUCAUUUAACAUUCAGCAGACUGCCACAGACCAUAAGCUUUAUGGACCAAUGUACCAAAUAAGAGGAGAAAAAAAUGUCUUGGAAGAAUGAAAUACUAAUGGAUCCACUACUUUUCCCCAGCCUAACUUCAAUGAUUUUGAUACAGUUCUCCAACAUUCAUCAGUAGAAGCAAUUUCAGGGUUAGGCCAACCAGGUAAUACCUUAGAAUACCUUAUAUAUUGAAAGCAGCUAGGGAAACCUAAUCCUCUUUACAAAGUGAUUUACAGCAAUUUCAAUGUUUGUUAAGAAUUCAAAUGCACUCUCCAUACACCAUUCAAUGGACAAAUCCUUGCAAGGCUUACACUAAGACUGUAAACUUUCUGACUCAUUCUGGUAGCAAUAUGCAUGCUGUACGCAAGCUUGUUUCACGUCUGAAAAAGCAAAAAAUUAUCUGCAUUCUGUAGUGUAUUCCUACCAAUGUGGUGCAAGGAACAGUUAGACUUGACAUGUGAGUUAUUAAAGUCUAUGAACAUACUCACCUCUUAUAUCUUCCACUGCAUCAUAACUUCUAAAAGAUGUGCCUCACAAGCCAGUGAAUUUUUUUUAUUUGCAGUGUCAAAUACUGUAUUGCUCUAAAUAUAUUUGCAUUAUAAAUGUCUCAUGUUAGCAAAAAUACAAAAAGCUAUCAACCAACAGUUGAAGGAGUAAGACUUCUCUUAAGGUAUUUUUCAAUGUUAAAUUCAACUUACUGAUUUUGCUUCUACUUGUAAUUUUGCAUCUACCACAAUUAUUUGUCCCAUACACAGAGCCAUUUUAACAUGAUAGCCAAAGAAAUAUUGGUAUUAAAUGACACAAUGAUGAAGAGUUGACAUCAAAUAAAAAGUUCAGAUUUUUCUCUAUUCCUAGCUUAUACUGUUCUUACUCAUAAGUUCAUAUGGCCGACAUUAUUUUCAGUACUGAAGUUUCACAAAAGAAAACAUUAUCGUUCAUGUACCCAUUUUGUUUUAUCUAAAUUAAAAAAGAACAGGAUAUUCAAAUGAUGAAAUUUUCAUGUUGCCAAUUUAAUUAGUAUUUCAAAGAUUAAAUGAGAUGGAUUUUUUUUUGAGACCCAGGUAACCAGAAUUAUUCAAGGUAAAGAGGUCAAGCAGAAAAGCAAAUCAGGUACUGCUCGAAACUCAUGAUCUUCAUAUAUUGUGCAAGAAAGUCAAAUAUUUGCUUCAACGAGCAUAAUGUAACCAUUAACUCUUGCUUCAGAUUCUGGCACUAUAUGACUAUUUAAAGGUCACAUCAGUUAAGAAAAAUAGUUAUCACCAACUAUUCAGAACAAAUACAUCAUCAAUAAAAAUUUGAAACAGAAAA